GAUGUUUUAGAGCAGCAUUUGUAUGGCAAUCUAGGUCCUUGGCAAGUAUCCUUACCAAAUAUGAUCCAAUAGCGAGAGCACGGCUGAUUGAUCCUGGGCCUCGUGAAUUAAAAUGUUGGCGGCCGGGGUAGAGACCGGAGAGGACUGUGACCGAAGAAGAUAUUCAGCCGCAUAAUAUUAAGGCGAGCUGCAAACUGAAGAUUCAUGAAGUAGAGGAGUUAUCCGAAAAUAUGCCCCGGAUCAAACGAAAAGCUUCAUCGUCGAUUUACGACUCACUUAUUUGCGUAGUGCCACCGGCGGGCGCGAGGAGCUAGCCUUCGACACAAGAGGCGUACUUCGUUUCCGUCUUCUCCCGCAUCUUGCCUAUGGCCCGGACAAAAGCAACUCCCGCGCGGCGGGCAGCAUUUGGCAAUCGCCUCUCCGAGCUUACUACUAUAUUCAGUCCACCUUGCCCAGUGACGUGGCUGAUAACUACUACGAAAGUCCCAUCGCAAUAUCCGCCGUUCCCUACGACCGGACCUACCUCUUGUGACCCCCCGUCCUGGGCAGAUAAUAUUGCACAGAAAGGAUUCGGGUACUAUUCGCCCGCUAUCUGCCCAAGUGGAUUUGUCGUAGGUUGCACCGCAAGCAAUGAUCGAUCGGGAGAAGGCUUUCCCGCUAUCACAGCUGGAGAAACAGCUAUGUACUGCAUUCCAAGCGGCUUUACUUGCACAUCAGAUAUCACAGACUUCCGCGGGGGCGUUUGGGGCUUUAUGCGUACAACAUCAGCGAAUGGUUCUCCGGCCACCGUGGGACCAGCACUCCAGAUCCGCUGGCGGGAAGAAGACCUAAGCCACCUCGCUACGGAUCCUUUAACUCGUGGUUUGGUUACAACCCCAACUGGUAUUUUUACGCCGACGCCUGCCAGCUUCGCUUUGCCUGAAGCCACUACAUCUACUUCAGAGACGCCGCCAGCUCAAGUAUCAUCGACGGCCCUGCAAAGAACGUCACUCACCCCGACGACGGAGAUCGAAAUCAGCGAAUUGUCAAUAACUUCUGAACCGACUCCAACCACAACUGGAAAGGAAGAAUCGGCAAGUUUAUCAUCGUCUCCGCUCACAAGCAAGUCAAUUACAACAUCGUCUAUCCAGCUUGGCGGCACGCCAGCCACGGAUAACGGAGGCACUACGGAUCGGAGCGGGGCCGAUGGAAAUGCUUCUGACAGCGCUACCUCGAGCAUUAAUAUGGUAGCUAUGACAUUAUCUGGAAUUUUAAUCGGUAUUAUACUAGGGUACUUCGCAACGAUAAUAUUUCGUCGCUACCGCCGGUAUCGAGCGGGUAAAAUAGAGAGGUUCAUCCCUUUUGACGUCGGUACUCUAGUAAGUCGAAGUUUUGCGAAACGGAAGAACGGAUUGCCCUCGCAACAGACUACCAUACGACCGCCUAGAUAUCCAGGUGCCGAGUUAGGUACAGACGGACCAGUGCCGGAACUAGGCUCUGGAAGCCCUCUCGGUACGAAAGACAACCCAGCAGAAUUGGGUGUCGACAGUACGAGAAAUAGCUGGGUGUCACGGGUAUCACGAAUAUUUACUGUAAAACUAAGAAAGGAGGUAUGGUCAGUUUGAUAGCUUACCUCAUUUUUGUGAGAAGCAAUGUUCCGUAGCUCAUUCGUUCGUAAAGAAAAGACGUCUGCGGGGCAGUCUCGGCUCCAUCGACUCGUCAUCUAAGAUAGAUCAACGAAUAACAUAACCUACCGUGAUCUGGAGUUUAGAAGCAGUGUCAUCACCACUUACUCAGGCCAAUAAUUGAAUAUAAUCAAGGGACCGCGGUAAGAACUGAUAGUGAAGCUAGAUGAUAAUACCGAUUUAUCAAUUUUAAAAA